CUUCAGCAUAUCCGACUGGCUGUUACUCAAUACUAUUCUUCUUUUUCUUCUUCUUCUUCUAGACGGUCUAUACACAGACUAACACACCGAAUAGAAGAAGAGAAGGAGAACAGAGAGCUCAUAAUGGCUUUCUCGUUGACUUCGAAGAACAUCGAGCUUCGCGGCUCGUGGCUCGUCGCCGAAGUGCGAAAGCCUGAAGAUGGCUCUUGGACCUCGUCCAGGCUCAACCUCAACGAGCAUAUUGGAAACAAUGAUGGCGUCUUCGAUGUUACCAUGGACCGCUGGCACAAUACCGCCCAGGAGUGGUCGGUCCACCUUCGUGGUCCAAUACUAUAUGCCCGGCUACGAACCAUAGCUGGUGGAUAUGCCGAAGAGACUUCCAUCAAUCUAGAUCUAUUCGUUAGAAAUCGGGACGGUAACCUCGAGUUCCAGAAGCUCGGCGAUUCCCUCCUACUCUACACCGCAGGCUUGACGCUCGAUAACGCCAUUCUGCGGGGCCUAGCCGUCGGCAGGGAUGGCAAGUUCCACGUGUCGGAGAUUGAUCUCGACGAAUACUUCGGCAACAUCGGUAGCAAAUUCGAGAUCGACGAGAGGCAUUACUCGCGGACUGGCCGAAACUUCAGGCUCGAGCGGGAAUCCAACCGCCUCCGGCUCUUCGGCGAACUCCAGGACUACGAGGGCGUUCACCAUCCGGCCGAGGUUGAUCUGAGCGCCUGCAUCGUGAACCGGAAGGGACGUCUAAGCUUUUCCAAGCCGUAUGUUUGUCACUAUGUAUUAAAGGCUUUUACCCGUCUUGUCCUGGCUCCGCUCCCCUCCACGUAUUUAAGCCUGUGUUAUGAGUUCAAGUCCAGUAUAGGUAGCUUACCAUUUCUUCCCAGUGCCGACCCUACCGAGAGAGAACAUUGGACGACCGUAGUCGCUGAACAAAUCCCAGUCUUCGGACCCUCCAUCGCCGGAUUACAUCGAUCCAAGGAUGAGACUCGAACUGAGAACCAGAGCUACUAUGAAAUCGCAACUAGCGCAAAUUCAGCAUCCUUUACAGUCGGUCUUGCUAUUGGCGCCUUCAUCGGACGUGCCUCUGAAAGCCCAAUCAUCGGAACAAUCCUUGGGGCUGCUCUUAGCAACGCCUCUGACAUCUUUGUCGAGGACCAAGCCGUCAAUGCGAUCGAAGACCCCCACGCCCGAAGCCAGGUCCAAGAGGCGAAGCUGGGAAGCUUCGUUUCCGAGGCUCUCCGCAACCUAAUCGUCCCCGAGCACAUCGCUGCCGCUGCUGAAUUCCUAAGCGCCUCUUUCAACCCCGAGAUCGACGUGUGGAAGAACGGACUCGCAGCUUGGCUGGAGAAGCAGAACUUGAACCUUCUUGCUGACCUCUCCCUAUAUGCGACCAUGAAGAAGGUAUUCAAGCAGUUGCAAGGUGAAACUAUUGAGGAAUGGCAGAAUACGCUAGUAGAGAUCGAGACCUUGAAGCAGCGCUCCCAGAUUCUAGAGCUUAAGCCGGAAGACCCUCCUCAGGUCAUAGUGGAAGAGCCCGAAGAGCCUGAGAUUGAGGCUAUUGAGGCUCCCGAGACAGCAGCCGAAGCCGAAGCCGAAGCAUCAAACGAAGCUGAAGCACCUCAGCCUGAUACCGUCAGCGAGCUCGAGGCUGCCGACAAGGUCCCAGAAAUCAACGGUACCGAAGCUACACCGACCGAGGCCACAGCAACCGAACCCGCCAAGGCAGUUCCCGAGGCAGCCAACACAGCAUCGAGUUCGACGCGCGCCAGCUCCGACAAGUCGGUCCUCAAGGACGGAGCCAAGAACGCCUCUCAGACCAACGUCCCCGGCAACGCCAACACCAAGCCCAGCACGAACCCCAAGCGCUGGCACAGCGUCAUAGGCAUUCCCGUCUGGCGUAAGAGCUGGUCUCGGCCCCGGCAGCAGCGCGUAGUAUGACUAGAAGACCCUUUUACGAAUGACGGGUAUCGCCACUAUACCUACGACGCAUGUUAAGCAACUUCUUCUUCUUCAUUUUCUAACGGCACGAGUAACAAACCUUUUCUGAUUUGACGGACGAUACGACACG